UCUCAGUAACUUGAACAGGAAUGACGAAUUCCUUAGCAAUGCUAAGUUUGCUCUUCGGGUUGAUAUGCAUCCAGAGUAUAUCGGCAAGAACCAUUAUCCCGGCGAUCUUGACGCCUGACCAGUAUGGCAACAGCUGGGAUUCUCAGGAUCAGGACUAUGUCGAUAUCAGCAUCGGAACGAAUGGUUUCAAUAUCGAUGCAGGUAUCAAUGCCCAAGAUACAGCUGCAGCCUUUUCGGACAGCUUAUACUUCCAACUCAUGAACAGUAUGGCAUUCCGCAGCAUAUUUGAUGGCAGGGCGACGCCUGAUUUCAUUAUCAACGUAGGACGCAAUAUUGCCCAAGGUAUUGCUUUAGAGCUAAGACUGCAAGAUGUUAGUUCGGUAAUCAAUUUUAUUGCCAAUACCUUAAGUUCUGUUUAUCCUGGAGCAGGACCAGAAGAGUACGCUUCGGCAAUAGCGGAUUCGAUUCUCCAGAUUAUGCUGACUAAUAAUAUAUUAAGCGGAAACAAUCCUAUGGCGUUUGCAGGUAGGCUUGCAAAUAUUAUCGAUAACGCAUUAUCUUUAAAUCUGAGUGCAGGACCUUCGUUUGAUAACUUCGGUAGUGUUGGCGGAUUUAACUUUGAUCUGGGACUCGAUUCUGAUGUUAAUGUCGAUGGUGGAUUAGGUAUAAACCUCGGAACCACAUUAGGAGCUGGCCUCGACACCGGAGUUGGAGUUGGAAUACCACGGGGAUUCGGGCUGAAUGAUGCAGCAGGAGUAGGAUUAGGAUUGAAUGUUGGAACAGGACUUGGACUGAAUGCUGGUGGAAGACAGAAGACAAAACCUGGAUUGGGGAUAGGAUUAGGACUGGACGCUGGAAAGGGAAUAGGAUUAGGCGUUAAUGCUGGAACAGGAGCAAAUGUGGGAUUAGGAUUGAAUGUUGGUGGCGGAGGAGGACAAUGGAAAACCAAUGAAGCUGGAAUAGGACUUGGAUUGAAUCUUGGUGCCGGAGGAGAACAGGGAAGGAAUGGUGGAAAGGGAAAAGGAAUAGGACUAAAUCUUAAUGCUGGGGGAGGGCAGGGUAGGAAAAAUGAAAACGGGCUAGGACUCGGAUUGAAUCUUGGUGCUGGAGGAGGAGGAGGAAGGAAUAUUAGAAAGGGACUAGGCGUAGGAUUGAAUCUUGACGCUGGAGGAAGGAAUAAUAGAAAGGGACUAGGCGUAGGAUUGAAUCUUGGCGCUGGAGGAGGACAAGGAAGGAAAGGAAGUUCGGGACUAGGAGUAGGAUUAAAUCUUGGUGCUGGAAUAGGAAAUUCACAAAAUGAUAAUGGAAAUGGAGGAAUAGGCAUAGGAGUCGAUGUAGGACUUGGUCUUGGAAAUUCAGAUAAUGAUUUAAUAUCAUUAGAUUUAUCUGAUAUUAUCCAAAUUUUCCAAGAAAGAUUAGCUGUGCGACUUCUUCGAAACAGGUAUUUUAGAAGUAUUUUUUCUGAUGCUAUACCUCCUUCAGUACUUAAUUCUGUUUCUUCAGUUAUAACUCAGUUCCUUGCUAAAGCAUUUAGAAUUCCUCGUUCCUAUCUUUUAUCAUUAGAGAAAAAUUUGUCAGUAUCAGGACAAACAGACCAGUUAACCGUAGAGUCAUAUGCACAAAGCAUUGCAGCUAACUUAGGAAAUAUUUUGAUCGCGGUAGACAUACUUACACCUAGCAUAAUAGACCUUCAAGCAUCUAUAGCAUCCAAAGCUGUAGUGUCAGCGAUUGAAAACUUUCUAUUAACAUCCACAGUACCUGGAGUUGGCUUAAGUGUAAAUGGUAAUCCAUAUAAUUCUUACUUUUCCGCACUGAGCGGUUUAGAGAUGUUACCAUACGUUGGACCAGAUACGAUAUCACGUAAAUUUCCACCAGUAUUAAAAGCUGUGAAAGCUUCAGCAUUCAGCUCUAGAUUCUCAAAAGCUUUGUACUUGAACUUGAUUUCUGCAAGUAGAUUUUGCGAAUCGUUUCAAUUAGGUGUACCAGUAUCAUCAUAUAAAACGUUAGCUAUAACGCUAGGUAAUUACGUUGCAGAAGCUUUUGGAUCUUCUAACCCAUCUGUCUUUAUUGAUAUGUAUUCAAAAGCUUUAUUGUCUUCAAAAGAAACACUGGAUUAUAAAACAUCUGCUCAAAUUUUAGCCCAAGCAACAGCGAAAGCUCUUUACGCCUUAGGUUACUUUGUAUCAGGAAAUCCGAAUGUUCAAGCUGCUAUAGCUGCCAAUGCUGUAAUCAGAGCAGUGUCGAGAAGAUCUCGUUACUCAUAUCGGGACAUAAUGCAGAUACCAUCACUAAUGGGAAUGUCACUGAUGACUCCAUUAGCAGGAGUCAUCCCGCCUGCAGUAGUAGGAAUAUCAGCUGACGCAGGAGUUGGGGUAGAUGUUGGAGUAGGAGCGGAUGUUGGAGUUGGAGUUGACGCAGACUUAGGCAUUGAUGCCGAUGUGGGUGUUAAUGCAGGCGUAGACGUGAACGCAGAUGUAGAUUUAGGAUUAGAUAUCGGCGCUAAUGCAGAUUUAGGUCUCAACGCAGGAUUAGAUAUUGGAGCAAAUGCUGCUUUGGACAUAAAUGCAGAUUUAGAUUUAGAUACUGACUUAGAUGUUGAACUACUUGGAGGUUCAAAGGGCGAUCGUGGCCGUCGAAGACAGAGAAGAGCAACGCGCAAUAAUAACGAUAGGAAAAAAGAUACUGGAACAGGUCUUGGAAUUGAUGCUGAUGUCGAUUUAAACACUGAUGUUGGAGCUAACAUUGAUUUGGGUGCUGAUAUUGAUGUUGGAACUGAUAUUGAUUUGGGUGCUAAUGUUGAUAUUGGAGCUGAUAUCGGACUGGAUACUAAUGUAGAUGUUGGUGUUGGGUUAGAUGCAGAUGUAGACGUAGGAGUAAAUGCAGAUGUGGGGUUGGGAGCCGAUUUAGGAGUAGGCGUUGGAAUUUCAACAGAUGCAGAUAACGAUGUGCUUUCAGUAAUCGAUGUACUGCCGAUAAUCUUAGCUGAAAAGCUGCGUCUUUCUACUGCGAUGUAUACGGCCACCACAAUGGUUGGAAUGCAGAAGGUUGUAGAUUUAAUAGCACAAGGCAUUGCCGCACAGUUUGGUUUUGAGGCUGCAUCUGUAUUCAUCGACACUUACAGCAACUUUGCCACCAACACUCCCGAUACUACCUUUGGUCCAAACAUAUUGUCACUAGCCAAGGCAACAACAGAUGCCAUUGCAGUAGCUGGAGUCUUAACUGACAACUUUUCUGUUUUGACUGCUGACCAGUUAGCUACUGCUAUUGUAGCGAAAUACUCUUCACUGAUUGCCACCUCUCUAGAAGCCAAAGAUUGGAGUUUUGGAGCAAGAUGGUCAUACCUCUACGAUAAUGAUUUUAUACAGCCACCACUAUCUCCAGGUUAUGCUUACUUCAGACCUUAUGGAUUUCAGACCAUGGUAAAAGGACUUACUGAUCCAUUUGCAUAUGAUUACAGUGCUAUUAGUGCCUUGAGUUUGCCAGCCUCAAGAAGUAAUUUCUUAACAAGUAGAGUUCUUCUGUGAAAAUUAAUUAAAUUCAAAAUUCUUUAAAAGUUGCUAGAAAUAAAAAUGUUGCAUUUUA